AAAACCCCUUCCGAUCCCAUACAAAAGAAGAAAGGUAUAUAUAUUUAUCCCGAAAUAUCGAAGCCAGACGCGGCACGAAAGAUUUUUCUUCAGCUUUAUCUUGAAUUUCUUCACCAGGGAUGAUGACAGCGCAAAUGUCAAGAACUCCGGUCACAAGUUGGUCGACGCUUUUCCCAGCCGAGCAGAAUACCGUGGCUCAGUCGGCUCUCUUUGUGAAGAAACUGCUCGCUGUCGGACUCUCCUCCAUCACGUACUUGAGGACUCUCUUCCCGGAGGGGGCUUACAGUGACCGCGACCUCGAUGGACUGAAGCUGAAAAUGCUCCAAGACAACUCAGAUUGCCAAGGGGCCAACACACUCAUCUCUUGGAUCAAGAGUGCUUUUCAAGCCCUGGACAAGCAGUAUCUUCGGCAGUUGACUUUAACUCUGCACACCGAUCCAAAGGAAUAUGAGAAAGCCAUUGAGUCCUAUACGUAUAAGAUCUCGUAUAGCAACGACAAGGAAGCUUUCAUCAGUGAGCUUCUCACCAAGAUAGACGCUAUUGAAAAGAAGUAUGAUGUAAGAAGGUCGACCCAAAAGAUGCUACGUACAGUCCUCCUCCUCACCCAGUCCCUCAAACCACUGCCCAGCAAAGUCUUUCUCACCAUGCAGCUACACUACUAUGAUGAUGUUACACCCCCUGAGUAUGAACCAGUGGGAUUUAAGCCUGCAACACCCCCAGACAGCCACAGCCUUGGUGACCCAGUUACAAUAAAGGUCGGGGAUGUCUGUACACCUUUCCAUACCGUCAAGCUUCGGGUAACUGUGAACAAGGCUGUUUAUUCAGAUGAUAAAGAGGAAAAUGAACAGCAAAACAUGGCAAUAACUGAAGACAAGGAGAAUCCCCAGGCAGGGAAUGAGCAGGCAGAAUCAUCUGGGCUAGAGAAUCCAGAGAAUCCUCUGCCCUCUAGUGACUCUGUUAUCAUUCGGUGCCAUAAGCGCUCCAAAAAGCACUUUGCUGACCUUGUUCCACAGUCAGGUCAAAAACCACAGGAAUCACUUCCCCCCAAGAAUGACUCAGCAUCAAGCAUGUACUUUGGCCAAGACAAGCACGAUUCCACUGGUGCUAAUCCCCAGCUAAGGUCAGAAAGCAACCCCCAGGAUGACUGUGUGCCAAGCAUCACUCCUGUGUCCAAGUCCUGUUCAGUGGCACAGGUUGUUUCUAUUGGGAGUGGUGAGGAAGUGCAGAUUGUCCCUGAGGUUGAACCAAAGGAGGACCAGGACAGGUGUACCAGUAUUCGUAGGAGUCGCCGCUUGCUCUCCCUCCCAUCUGCUGUUACCCCUCCUGCAUCAGCCAGUGGUCUGAGUGACACAUCAUCCAUGAAAGAUGAUGAAGAGCCUGUGAGAUGUGAAUGUGGGGUGCACCAUGAUGAUGGCCUCAUGAUACUGUGUGAUAUCUGCAAAACAUGGCAGCAUGCACUGUGCUUCAAAUUGUCAAAGAAGGAUGAGGUUCCUGAGCGGCACGUGUGUCUGCAGUGCUCUGUCACCUCAGGCUUGCCUUGUACUGAUUCCUCCUUCAGGGACAUGACCAAGGAAGAGGUCCAGCGGAUUUGCCUUCUCCGCCGUGCUUUAGAAUUCCUAAGGGGCUACUAUGCCCGGGUGACAGUCCCUAAAUUAGGCCAACGCCUUGGAGUGGACAUUUCACAAGCCCAGAAGCUCAUGGGACACUUAGAGGCCAUGAUGAUCUUUAGGGAUGGAGGGAAAAGGAGGCAUCGAGUGGUAAACAAAAAGAAAGUAAAAAGAGCAUAUUCAAAAUACUUCGGCAGUCAGCAGGUGCUUAUGGAAGAAGAAUUUGAAGAUACUCAGGUACUGCAGACACCGGAGCAAGGACACCAAGAAGUAGGCUCGGAUUCUGAUAUGACUCCAGACCUCAGACAGCCAAUGCAGGUCUUAGACAGUGAAAUGGGAAGUUCGCACGAUAUUCCUGCCCCAGACUCUCAGGCCACGCAAGUUGUAGCAGACCCGGACAGCCAGAGGACCACCCAGUUCAUGAAAGAGCCCCAAGGGGAAGGACUUUUCUACACACAGGAAGGGGAAGUCGUAGAUAGCACUCAGGAUGUCCCAGUUGGAACACAGAAGAUUAUUACUCUAGGGACUGGUUUCGAUGAGACUUUCAGCUGUUACAACCCAGUCAAUGCAUCUCAGGUCUUUGCAACUGCUGGGAAUACUGUUGCAACAUUAGAGGAAGAAGUAGAAGAAAUGACCAACAUCUGUUCUAAUCCCGUUGACAGUACCACAGCAGCUGAUACAGGCACAACACAAGUCAGCACAAGCCAUUGCAACGAGACAUCAAUGGCUAAUAAAUAUGUCACAGAACCUGUCAACACAAGUCAGGAACAGAUUGCAGAGCAUCCAGAAAAGUCUGCUGCACUUGUUUUUGAGUCAGCUGACAUUCGGGAGUUACCAGGUUCCUCUAACCUCGAGGAGCACCAGUCACAGGUGAAUGCUGAAGCAUUACAAGAAGUGGCAUGUAGGAGUGUCGAGUUACAUAUUGAAAAUCCUACAUCGCGUAGAGCUCUAAUGACACGAAGCAACAGAUUGUCACGAAACAAGGCAAAACAGCCUGUUACAAUGAACCUGAAUGACUAUGAAAUCAGCAGCUCCCAGGGAUCCCCAACGCCAGAGCAUCAAUGGAAGGGAAAGAGAGCCAAGAUUUUGUAACCAAAUACGUGAAGAUUUUUAAAGAGGAGGAGAGGUCUUGAAAUACAUAACUUUAGGCUAAGAUGUUAAGUUCAUUGUAACUUACAAAGAUGCUGUUUUCUUUGUCAGGAUUUGUUUUUAUUUCCAAUUACAGUAUCAUUUAUUCGGAAGGGAGAUUGUCAGAAUCUUAGCUGAAAAAUAUUUUCUGUCUGUUAUUCAGUGGUGGAAUUUAUUGGAAAAAAAUCAAGUUUAAGUUUGAAAUGUUUUUUUCUUGCAUAUCUGUUUUAGCUUAUCUCCUUGUCAAGUAUUAAGUCUUUGUUUUUAAAAGUUUUAUCUGGUUUUAUCAAUAUUUAGUUAGCCUUACUUUACCAAUCAAGAAAAGCAUCUUCUUUAGUGUUUUAUUGGUUGAAGGACCUUUAUACCUUUAUACAAAUGAUGUUGUUCUUUAAUGAAUGAUAAGGAUUUAA